GCCUUUAUAACCCCGCGUCAGCGCGCUUCGAGGGGGCGGGCGAGGCCGGGGCUGUGGCUUCAGGGUGUGCAUGGCAGCUACUUCAGGAAACAUGGCCAAGUUCGCCCUGAAUCAGAACCUGCCUGAUCUGGGCAGCUCUCGCCUGUGCCCAGUCCCGAUCCAGGGCUCGAACAGCCUGAGCUCGCCCUACUCCGUGGAGACGCCCUACGGCUUCCACCUGGACCUGGACUUUCUCAAGUACGUGGAGGAGCUGGAGCGCGGCGGCCUCGCCGCCCGUCGAGCCCCGGGACUCCCGCCCACGCGCCGGGCCCGCGUACCCCGCUCCAACCUCGCGGGUGCUCGCAGCCCAGGCGCCUGGACAUCCAGCGAGUCCUUAGCCAGUGAUGACGGCGGAACUCCCGGCGCGCUCUCCCCUGGGGCGCCUCGGGGGCCCCACUUGCCACCGCUGUCGCCCCGCGCUCUUGUGCGCAAUGCGCACGUCGAGAAUACACUGCUGGAGACCAGCCGUCGGCUGGAGCUGGCACAGGCGCAGGAGCACGCGCUCAGCCCUUCCAGCGCAGUGCGGCGUAGUCCGCGGGGGUCGGACCGCAGUAGCCCGGUCCCGAGCCCCGCCCCGAGCCCUGCCCUCAUCUCUCCAGACCCGACUCAACUGCAGCAGGUGCGGGAACAGAUGGCCGCGGCUCUGCGGCGCCUGCGCGAGCUCGAGGACCUGGCGCGCGCGCUGCCGGAGCUACAGGAGCAGGUGCGUGCGCUGCGCGCUGAGAAGGCGCGGUUGCUGGCAGGGCGGGCUCAGCCUGAGCCCGACGGGGAGGCCGAGGUGAGGCCGGACAAGCUCGCCCAGCUGAGGCGGCUCACGGAGCGCCUGGCCACCUCGGAGCGCGGCGUCCGCUGCAAGGCCAGCUCCCAGGCAGACAGCCCAGACCAGUUGGCUGCAGCACGCAAAGAGGGCGCGCGCCAGGUCCUCGACGGGGCGGCCGGGACGCCUGGAACCUGCGAUGGGUCGCCCCAGACCCAGGAGGUGGGCACUGAGGCUGUGCUCGAGACCCGAGAGGCAGGGGCCCAGGCAGCGCCCGAGACCCGGGAGGCCGGCAUGGAGGCGGCACCUGAGACCGUGGAGGCGGACGCAUGGGUGACCGAGGCGCUGCUCGGGGUGCCUGCAGCUGCGGAGCGCGAGCUGGAGCUGCUGCACGCCAGCCUGGAGCACCAGCGCGGGGUGAGCGAGCUGCUGCGCGGGCGGCUGCGAGAGCUGGAGGCGGCGAGGGCGGCCACGGCCCCGCAGUGCGACGCUGCCACUCAGACCCCUGGGGGCUGCGCGGAGAAGACCACGCAGACCGAUCUCCCAGCGGAGGGGCCCUGCCCGGCUGCAGAGAGGGAGAGUCCUCCUGGGGACAAAGCUGCGGCGCCGGUGGGUGCCCUCAAAUCCAUCAUGAAGAAGAGAGAUGGCACCGCUGGUGCCCAACCCAGCCCGGGACCCAAGAGCCUGCAGUUUGUUGGCGUCAAUGGAGAGUAUGAGAGUUCGUCCAGCGAGGACGACAGCGACAGCGGCGACAGCAGCGACAGCCAAAACGGUGCCCCGAGGCCCUCGAGGAGUAGCUCUUCCGGCUCCGGGGACGACAGCGGUGGGGAAUCGGACUCCCGCACACCCAGCGCAGGGGACGUCGGGGACCCUGGGCCAGAAACAGAGGCUGAGGCGGAGUCUCAGUCCGGGACCCAGGGAAGGUACGAGCUGAGCCCGCGGUUGCGCGAGGCGUGCGCUGCGCUGCAGAGACAGCUGAGCCGGCCCGGGGGCGUGGCCCGCGACAGCAACGCGGUGCGCCUGGUGUCCCAGGAGUGGUUCCGGGUGUCCAGCCAGCGGCGCUCCCAGGCCGCCUUAGUGGCCGGGGUGCUGCGCGGUUUGGCGCACCUGGGAUCCGCGCUGCUGACGUACGUGGUGAACCUGGCAGACGACAACGGGAACACGGCCCUACACUACAGUGUGUCCCACGGGAACAUGGCCAUUGCGAGCCUGCUGCUGGACACGGGAGUCUGCGACAUCUGCUGCCAGAACCGUGCGGGCUACUCUGCACUCAUGCUGGCCGCACUGGCCUCCGUAGGGCAGGAGGACAUGGCCGUGGUCCACAGGCUCUUCACAAUGGGUGAUGUCAACGCCAAGGCCAGCCAGACAGGACAGACAGCCCUCAUGCUGGCCAUCAGCCAUGGCCACAAGGACAUUGUGGCGGCCCUGCUGGAGUGUGGGGCUGAUGUGAACAUGCAGGAUGCCGAUGGUGCCACUGCGCUAAUGUGCGCCAGUGAGUAUGGGCACCUGGAUACCGUCCGAUUGUUGCUGAGCCAGCCAGGCUGUGACCCUGCUAUCCUGGACAAUGAGGGCACCAGCGCCCUGGCCAUUGCACUGGAGGCAGAGCAGGACGAGGUGGCCGCUCUGCUGCACGCCCACCUGAGCUCCAGGCAGCCUGGUUCCCAGGCAACCCCAGACCCUCCUGCAGCCACCCCCAGGGAAAGAGGAUGCAGUGACAUCAGAGAGGACUCCCAGCCCCAGUGAGCUGUCAGAUACACUAGCCUGGGACUUCGAAAUCCUCCCUCCACGCCUCAGCCUCUGGGCCACCCACCCACUCCCUCCAACUCCUUCCCUAAUAAAACACUGUUUGCAUUGUCUGGGAACAGCGUGUUUGUAUACAUGAAGGGUGGGAACACAUUUACAUGGUUUCCCUUGCUAGGGAAAGGCCUUCACAUUAUCCGGAGUACCGAAGGCCUGUGGCCACCUGAAGACUGCACAAGACCCAGAGCAACUAUAGAAGACUCAGAGCAACGGAAGUUUACACACAAUACAAACAUUUUAUUUUAGGAGUCGCAAUUCACCCCGUGGCCCAGGUGGUCGAUAUCCAGGACCCUGUAAACAGACCCGAGCGUGAGACGCAGACAGGCCCCCAGCACCCCGAACAGCAAAUGCCUCUUCCCUCUUGCCAAGCUGCUGAUCCUCCCCCCGCCCCCGGGCUUGACUAGGAGGGCAGACAGGGCUUCCAUCCCGUACCCACCAGCAGCUGACAUCAGCGCAACCUCCGGGCUUCCCGCUCCGAUUCCAACAGGGUCAGCACGUCGCCCUCGCGCACCGGCCCCUUCACGUUGCGGAUGAUGGAGCGGCUCGUGUCGUCCAUGAACUCCACGCGCACCUACGGGCCCGCAGGGGAAACGCAGACGGGUCAGGCUGGGCCGCUGGCGGUUGGUGGGGACCACACGCAGAUUGACGUGCGACAAUGAGCUCCGGGAUAAAGGGGAGGUCGGCUCUCAGAUCUCCCAGUAAGGAUCCCGGGCACGAGAGCGGUCGGCGCCAGGUCGUAACGCCCAGGAAAUCGCCGCGGGUCCCCCCGCCCCAGCUCACCUGCGUGCACUGUCCCUGUGAGCCGGUCCUGCCCAGCACUUUGGUGACCUGGUAGGAAGAAGCUGAAGUCAAACCCGGCCCGCCCAGCUCUCCUAACCCUCUCGCUCCUUUCCUGGAUGCCGAACUCCCAGCCCCAACUCACCCUGGCCAGCUUGAUGGGCUGCACGCGACUCGUGUCCAUGAUGGCGACCGAAAACGGUCGGACGGAGAGGAGUCACGUGGGUCGGGGGAAGCUCUUAUAGAGCGCCUCUGUCCCGCCCACUAAAAUUCUCGCGAGAUCGCUUCUCGGGCUUCCCAGAAGGCUCUGCGAUACUGGCGUCACCGGCGCCCUUCAGCGCUGAGCAAACAUGGCGUCUGCCACUCGUAUUAUCCAGAAGCUGCGGAAUUGGGCUUCCGGGCAAGACCUUCAGGCGAAGCUGCAGCUGCGCUACCAGGAGAUCGCCAAGCGUUCAGCCGUGGCGGCCACUGAGAAGAAGGCCGUGACUCCUGCGCCUCCUUUGAAGAAGUGGGAGCUGUCCCGGGACCAGCCUUACCUGUGACACCGUGUGCUGGUCACCUGACCACGUCACCACAGCCACCCAAUUGCUUUUCCUCCUUGGCUUCCCUCUGGGGAGAAUGUGACCUAAUUGAUGACAAAUACACAGAACUCCACCACUUCCA